AUGCAAAGUGCUCCGCCUGACAAUGCAGUAACCUAUAAAUUGGUGGUUGUUGGUGAUGGUGGUGUUGGAAAAUCCGCUCUGACGAUUCAAUUCUUUCAAAAGAUGUUCGUCGAAGAUUAUGAUCCGACUAUUGAAGAUAGUUAUAUUCAACAUGUCGAGGUUGAUGGACAAGUCUGCAUCCUCGAUGUACUUGAUACUGCUGGCCAAGAAGAAUUUUCUGCUUUACGAGAGCAAUAUAUGCGUAAAGGUGAUGGUUUUCUCAUCGUUUAUUCUGUGAUUGAUUCAAAUUCUUGUAAGAAUACUCGACAAUUCUAUAAUCAAAUUCUUCGUGUUAAAGACAGAAAAUACUAUCCAAUGAUACUUGUUGCAAACAAAAUUGAUCUCGUGCAUUUGAGAAAGAUUUCUGAAGAAGAAGGUCGCGAGUUAGCAGCAGAAUUACAAAUUCCUUACAUCGAAACAAGUGCUAAAGUGCCACCAGUCAGUGUCGAGGGCGCUUUUCAUGAACUGGUACGUGCGAUUAGGCGACAAAAUCAAAAUCCAAUGCCCUUGCGAAAGAAACGGAAGAAACGUCGAUAUCUCAAUCGUUGCCGUUUAAUGUAA